AUUCUGAUCAAAUCUGUCAAGCUUUUUUUUUUGUUUUGUUUUCAAAAUUUUUGAAUUAAUUUUCCCGAAAGAAAUGAGCUUUUUGUUCGGUAAUCGAUCGAACAAAACAUUUAAACCGAAAAAAAACAUUCCCGAAGGUACACAUCAAUAUGAUUUAAUGAAACAUGCUGCUGCAACAUUAGGUUCAGGUGAUUUACGUUUAGCUGUUAUGUUACCUGAAGGUGAAGAUCUUAAUGAAUGGGUUGCUGUUAAUAUUGUCGAUUUUUUCAAUCAAAUCAAUAUGCUUUAUGGUACGAUAACGGAAUUUUGUACGGAAGAAACAUGCCCGUUAAUGUCAGCCGGACCAAAAUAUGAAUAUCAUUGGGCCGAUGGUACAACGGUAAAAAAACCAAUAAAAUGUUCAGCACCAAAAUAUAUUGAUUAUCUAAUGACAUGGGUACAAGAUCAAUUGGAUGAUGAAAAUAUUUUUCCAUCAAAAAUAGGUGUACCAUUUCCAAAAAAUUUUAUAUCAAUUGCCAAAACAAUAUUGAAACGUUUAUUUCGUGUUUAUGCACAUAUUUAUCAUCAACAUUUUCAACAAAUUGUUCGGUUGGAUGAAGAAGCACAUCUGAAUACAAGUUUUAAACAUUUUAUAUUUUUCGUACAAGAAUUCAAUCUAAUUGAUAAACGUGAAUUAGCACCAUUAUCUGAAUUGAUUGAAAAAUUGGUUGAAAAACGUAAUCCAACAGCAACAUCAACAACAACUGCUGCUUCUGCUACGUUGGAUAAUUCAAAUACAAAUCAAUCUGGUAUUGUUGCCGAUAUCAAUGUUCAAUCAAUGUUGAAUCAUCAUCAUCAACAACAACAACAACAACAGCUGCCGCAUCAUCAUUUACCGCAUCCAUUGCCGCAUGGUCAUCCGCAUCAUCAUAUUGGUAAUCAUCAUUAUAAUUCUACCGGAAUGAAUAAUAAUAAUGAUAAUAAUAAUAUUCAACCACCAUAUACACCACCAAGAAUUUCUGGAUCAUCAUCAUAUCCAGCUGCUCCACCUCCACCUCCACCACCACAUUAUCCAAUUAAACAAUCAUUACCACCACCGCUACCAUUGCCAAAACCUAUACAAGCGCAACAACAACAACAAUAUUAUAAUAUUAAACAACAACAAACACCCCCACCCCCACCACCUGCUUAUCAUCAACAUUUACAACAACAACGUAAUUCAGGAAAUAUUGGUGGUGGUGGAAUUAUCCGGUGAUUAAUCAAAGUAAAUAUAGUGCCUUCUUCUGAUAUAAAUUCUGUUUUGGAUGUGAUAUAUGAUUUCUAAUUAUCUUUAUUAGCAAAAAA